GCUUAAACUGAGGCGAUUAGAGGGCAAGUUCAUUUGGAGACAAUAUAGUGGUGUGACUCAAAAAAGAACGAAAGGUAUCUAGGUGUGCCGCGGCAGAGAAAAGGUUGGGAACCAGCAGUUACAGUCAGGGUGGGAGCCAGUAGUUACAGGCACUAUUUCCACUGAAAAGGCGCAUAAUUUUACUGCUGUGACGUAAAUUUAACAAAUCGAAACUGAAAUUUUGACACUGGGCUGAAAAAGAAACUGGCCUCAACCAUCCGACUUGGAAAAAAAAAAAAAAACACACACUUUUGUUUAUCAAAUUUGGAUCAUGGCCCUAAAUUCAGACAAGUUCCUGCAGUGUGGUGUCUGCUCUUGUAGCAUCACUUCUCCCAAGCUGCUCUCCUGCCUGCACAGCUUCUGUCAGACAUGUUUGAGAGAUCAGGGCGGGUCUCACGUUGUCACCUGCCCCACCUGCCACCAGCCCACCGAGAAGGCUGAGGUGAAGGACAACAAGCUUUUAUCUGACCUGCAAAGCAAACUGGACAUCCUGAGGCAGAUAGGCAGGGUUGGUUACCUGUCCUGCUCUUGCUGUAAUGCCUCGGCGGGGUCCAUGUGCUUCGAGUGCGAAAAGUUUCUGUGCCAGAAGUGUUUUGAAGCCCACCAGGUGUUCAUAGCGAAGGACAGUCACUUAGUGGAGAGCUUGGAGUCCCUGAAAGUGAUGAGCUCUCAGGAAUUCCUGGCCACUGCUCGGAAGAAGAGGCAGCCCUACUGCCCCAACCACGACAAAGAGACAAUCAGUAUCUUCUGUCGAACCUGUGCCAAGUCCAUUUGCACCACUUGCACUGUACUGAUGCACAAGCCUCCCGAUCAUGAGUACAGGGACAUCAAGCAAGAGGCCCAAGAGCAGAAGGAUAAUCUUCAUAAAAUGUGCACUAAGCUGUGUAAGAAGGAGGAUGCCUUCAAAGACAUCUUGAAGAAGCUGUUGAAUCUGAAGGGCGACCAUCAGUCCCAAAAAAAGGAGCUAGAAGAACAGAUCAAGGUGUCAGUGAAAGAAGCCGUGAGGAAGUUGGAGCAGAAAGGAGAAGACCUGUUGAAAGAGCUGGAGGGAAUUUACAAGGGCAUGGAUGCCAAGAUGAGCAAGAAGCUGCUUCACAUGGAGGAUGUGCAGAAGAGAAUUGAAGGCAGCAAGGAUCUGGUGGAGAAAAUGAUCAAGUAUGCCACUGAUGAAGAAGUGAUGGAGAUGCAGGCGUUUGUGAAAUCGUCUCUGCAGCAGCUCCAGAGAAGUAAGCCUGGGAAUGCAAACACACUGGACUUCACAGUAGAGUUUAAGAAAACUGACCUGGAGCAACUCAACCUAUUGGGCAGCCUAAUGGUGAGUAAAGAUAUUGCUACAGGAACAAAUUUGGAGGCAAGUUGCAUUGUAACUUCAACACCGAUAAAGACUAAAAGAGAGAGGCAGGAUGAUGAAGACAUUAAACCUGGAACAUCUUUAGCCUCUGAACCACCACCUAAGCGCCCUUACACACCUUCCCUUGAAAAGCCAGGUUUCAGUCCAGCUUCACUGAAUGCUUUACCUCCUAAUGUUGGGCAACAAAGUGAUGAUUCCCUACUGGAUUACAAUGAUGAUGACUGUGAAGAGACACAAUCUGGGACCUCUGAUAUGCUGAAUAGUGGCGAGGAGAAUGAUGGGGAUAUGAGUGCCUCCCAGUCACACCUGAACAGCUCUUUCUUCAAACCCAACCUCAACAUAGAAACCUGCACCCUUGUGUUUUUUGACUUGGAGACCACUGGACAAGAACGCGCACCUGAUAUUAUCCAGCUGUCUGCUAUCGGCCAAGACAAGAUUUUUAACAUCUCCAUACGACAUUCCCAGCAUUUCAGAGGAUCUCUCUUCCAUCUGGUUCAAACCAAGACCCGCACUGAGGCCCUGACGGCCUUCCUGGCCUUCCUCCGCGCGCUGGUUCAGCCUACAAUACUAGUAGGGCACAACAUCUGGAAGAACAAGUGCCCCAUUCUGUGUAGGCAUCUUGAUGAACUCGGCCUGAAAGAUCAGUUGCAGGAGUCAGUGUCCGGCUUUCUGGACACUGAAUCUUUGGCUAGAGACAACUUAAAAGGCAAAGACAUCAAGAAGUUUUCCCAGCAGGAUCUGGCAAAGGUGUUGCUCAAAAAAUCAUAUCCAGCGCACAACACUUUAGCAGCCGUCAGAAAUUUGCAGGAGCUCUACCAAUCCUUACGCCCUGCACAAGAGAAGCACCUGUUCUCCCUUGUUCAGUUGGAAGCUCACAUUUCUCUGCAGCCUCUAGUCUUGGCGAUGGCUGUCACUAAACCCUCAGCUCAGACACUGGCUCAACAGGGUAUCAGUUUAGAGACCAUGAAGCGAGCAUAUCAGGAAGAUCCUAAAAAGGGCUUGAAGCAUUUGUUGAGACAUCUGCUCAAUGAGCUGGGUCCCAGCAAACUUUCUACAAUCGUCAGAAACGCACAGACCUUUUUUUUUAAUCAAAGCUAGAGCAAUAGAGAUGGGUAAUUAGAUGUUUGUUUCAGGGUUAGUGAAAGUGAUUUCAGACACAGUCAAUACAUUGAAUAAAGGUUUAUUAACUUAUGAUAACUAGUUUCACUGCCAUGGUACAAACAUUUUAAUCAUUCCAUUAAAAUUUUUGUUAAAUUAAAUAAAGAGAGCAAAUACUCCAAUGCAGUGAUAACAUACAGAUUUAGACAGGAAAUGUGUAGCAGUGUAUGACUGUGGGCUGUCAGUUUCAGAAAUAGCACUGCCAACCCUUAUGCAAGUUUCCCAUAGUAAAAGUAAAGAAUUCUAGGGGUAUGGUAAAGCAUAUUAAUAAACGUGACAAACCAGGGUAAA